AUGGAAGAUAACAAACAAAAAGCUAUCAACUAUUAUGAAAUCCUUGGAGUUUCUAAGACUGCAAAUGAAAAUGAAAUAAAGAAAGCAUUCUAUAAAAUGUCUCUAAAAUAUCAUCCAGACAAACACCCUGAUGACAAAGAAUCUCUUGAAAAAUUUCACCAGGUUCAACAAGCAUAUAAAGUCCUUCAAGACCCAUCUAAAAGAUAUAUAUAUGACGAGUUUGGAACUAAGUCAAGAAAAGAAAUUAAUGAAGAAUGUGAAGAGGUUGAUGAAAAAGAUGAAGGAGAAUUAACAAUUGAGGCUAUUGUAUCUGCUAUGAAAGCAAUGGGGAUGAGUGUUAAUGAACAAGAAGCUGAACAUAUUUUAGCAAACACUAAUUUUGAAGUGAAUGAUAGAACAGUAAGAAAAGGUGGAUUACGUGAUGAGCUAAUCCGUUCUGAAAAAGAGGGGGUUACUGCAAUUGAUUUAUCAAAACUUGUUAUCCGUUCUAUUAAAGAAGAUUGUGUUGAACAUAUGAAACAAUUAACUUCUAUCAAUUUCAGUACAAAUUCUAUAAGAAGUUUACCUGAUAGUUUUGGUACAUUGACUCAAAUUAAAAAAUUAAAUUUGAGUGACAAUAAAUUUACAGAAAUUCCUGCAUGCGUAUUUAAGUUGAAAAAUUUGGAGAUUUUUGAAAUGGAAAGAAACGAAAUAACAGAAGUUACAGAUGAGAUUUUCCAAUUAGAGAAUCUAAGAAGAUUAAAUCUUUUCUCUAACAAAAUCAGAAAUGUACCAAUUAGAUUGUGUUUUGACCUUAAAAAGAUUCAAUCAAUUGAUAUCUCAUGUAAUAAUAUUCAUGAAUAUCCUCAAGGGAAAGAAGGUAUUGAUCUUAUUACUGAUGCUGAUAUAAAAAGUGGAGCACAACAAGGGUCUUUAGUUGCACAAUACUUUGCCUCUUUAGAUAAGAAACCACGCCAAAAGAAAGAAAAAAUAGAAAAGAGACAUGAGAAAAAAAAGUCUAAAAAGUGA